UUUGAGGGGAGCAGAGGCCAAAGCAGGUGGAGAGCCCUCAUCCCAGACUGGCCCGGCCCACUACGCCUCCCUACCCCUGGGGACUCAGUUUCCCCACCCGAAAGAAGGCUAGGACCAUCCCAGGGUCAGCAGUGCUGCCCUGGGGAGGGAUGUUCCUGGCGUAGGAAACGGGAACCUAGUCGCGGGAACCUAGUCGCGGCCACUCCUGAGAGAGGAGGUGGCUGGGUGUGGAGCUGUGCAGCUGCUGGGAGCCACCUGGGUCAGCAUCGCCCGCACUUCUUAAAGGCACAGGAGGGCGAGGAGCCCAGCGAGCAGCAUGGUCUCCACCCCCGAGGGCUUCUUCCUGGCACCUGGCGAGGGCCGCAUAGCUGGCCGGCCACCCGUGACCCUGCUGACCACACCCAACGCCAGUGUGCCAGGCGGGGAGUUUGCAGGCCCCUGGCCAGAGAUCCCAGAGAGGUCCCCGUGUGUGGCUGGGGUCAUCCCUGUCAUCUACUACAGCGUCCUGCUGAGCCUGGGGCUGCCUGUCAACCUUGUGACCACAGUGGCCCUGGCCCGCCUCGCCGCCAGAACCAGGAAGCCCUCCUACUACUACCUUCUGGCGCUCACGGCCUCAGACAUCAUCACCCAGGUGGUCAUCGUGUUCGUGGGCUUCCUCCUGCAGGGCGCCGUGCUGGCCCGCCAGGUCCCCCAGGCUGUGGUGCGCACGGCCAACAUCCUGGAGCUUGCUGCCAACCACGCCUCGGUGUGGGUCGCUGUCCUGCUCACGGUGGACCGCUACAAAGCCCUGUGCCAACCCCUGAGCCACCGGGCCACCUCGUCCCCUGGCCAGACCCGCCGGGCCAUUGCUGUUGUCCUCAGCGCAGCGCUGCUGACCGGCGUCCCUUUCUACUGGUGGCUGGACGUGUGGAGUGACACGGACCCGCCUGGCGCGCUGGACGAGGCCCUCAAGUGGGCGCACUGCCUUCUAGUCUACUUCAUCCCCUGCGGUAUCUUCCUGGUCACCAAUUCGGCCAUCAUCUUCCGACUCCGAAAGAGGGGCUGGAGUGGGCUGCGGCCUGCAGUGGGCAAGAGCACAGCCAUCCUCCUGGGCCUCACCUCGCUCUUCACCCUCCUUUGGGCCCCGCGGAUCGUUGUCAUGCUCUACCACCUGUACGUGGCCCCCGUCCACCGGGACUGGAGGGUGCACCUGGCCUUGGACGUGGCCAACAUGGUGGCCAUGCUCAACACCGUGGUCAACUUCGGCCUCUACUGCUCCGUCAGCAAGAGCUUCCGGGCCACCGUCCAACAGGUGAUCCACAGUGCCCCCCUGCCCUGCACCCCGAGGUCACGGCUGGACGGCACAGUGGGGGACCCCGUGCUGAAGCCCUUAGGACUCCUCAGAGAGGCAGAACUGUAG